CUGGUUCCUGUUCAUCGGCAGCCUGCUGUUCCCAAGGACCGUGGUGAAGGCCGGGACCUACUCUGGAACCGACCACCAUCCAGCUGCUUACAGGGUGCUUCAGUUUACCACUGUGGCGAUAGCCCAGUGUUGUGGGCUCCAGCUACCUGCACCACCGAACCAAGCAUACCACCUAGUCCCACUCCGAUUACUGUGGGGAAAGCCCUUAACCCCAGAGCCAAGGACUAAACAUUUCCAUCGGGUGUGUGCUACUCACGUGCUGUCACACCAUCGACAGAGCAACACCUUUGGACUCCUCAGUGUUCCUCCCUUGAGGUUGUCAAGCAGCCAACGGGUAGCAGGUCCUGAGCCUCGGCUGUCACCUCCAUCCUAGACAGACUGAGUCGGACCACCUUCUGGGACAAAGGCAUUUACCAUCUAGUCUGCCCCACAUCAAAUUUAGCUUACUAGUGCGCCUUUGCUAGUAACACUGUAGUCAAUGUACCUUAAGUGGAGCUCAAGGACCAACCUCACUGCCGGAGAUCGCUGGGAGAAAUGCUUGCAUCAACUCCUCUUACUCCUCACAAUGGCUGUAGUGUUGAUGUUCCCAGUAACAUAGACAUGUUGGAAAACUAGAUCCCACCUGUCCCCUGUGGGACACUGAAACCAUCACACCUCACUGCAUCUCAGACCUAGGUUUCUUCUGAAGAAGAUUUCUAUGCAGAAUUGCAUUGGGCUUUACAGACUCGCUCAGGCUUACAACCACCAAGCUAUGCUUCACGCCACCGUGCGGGUCAUCAUCCUAAACUUUGGAAGGUUCUGUGAAGAUGACGACUUUCUGAGUCUGGACCUCAGCACUUUAAUCACUAUCCUGUCUUCAAAUGGUCUUGGAGUUGCUUCUGAGUUAGAAGUCUACAAGGCUGUGCGACACUGGUUACGGUUUCAACCCACCACAGCUCAUCAAUGAGCUGAUGAGACAUGUCUGGCUUCCCCUCCUGACAGACAGAGAGCUUGUGGAGGUGCAGUUGGAUUCAGAACGACUUGGAGAUGUUCAGCUUCACUGGAAGAAGCUUGACAGUGAAGAGAGGUUGCAUGAGAGUGGGGGAUUCAGAGAGGGCAUGUAUGAUGAACUGAUAGCAUGUGUAGAUUCACAGAUGUGGGAGGACCAAGAGUUGGAGAAUGAUUUUCUGAUGGGCUGUUAUGAUCCCCAUGUAGAAAAGUGGGAAACGUUUCCAGGCUUGAAACAUUUGACACAUCCAGCCUGCGUGGCGCUCGUAGACAAGCUCUAUGUAUCCGGAGGCAUAUGCAGGAAUUCACAUUUAGAUGCAUUGUAUGAGUUCAACUCUUUUAAAGGUCAGUGGACAGAGCUUCCUUCAAUGUCGGUGCCCCGUGCUACUCAUGGAUUUGUAAUCUGUAAUCAGCGGCUGUAUGCUUUGGGAGGCUGGUGUGGAUUUCAUGAAUUUCUCAAUUCUGCAGAAUGCUUUGACAUAGCAGAACAGGUGUGGACUCCCAUCUCCAGGAUGCCUUUUGUGCUGAGCCGUUCUGCCUCCACAGUGCUCAAGAAGAAACUAUACUUACUAGGAGGAGCCACAGGGCUGACUGGUUUUUGGCAAUUUCAUAGAGGGCUUCUGAUCUAUGACAUAAGCUCCAACACAUGGACUCAGGUGUCUCUUGACAAUGGGUUCUUUUCAGCAGGUGCAGUUUCCAUGACCACUGGGCUAUACGUUAUAGGGGGCUAUACUGAAAAGAGAACCAGAGACUGGAUCGAGGGUGGUCUCAUACCCGAAAACCGUCACUGCACUAGGAAGUGUUUCUUUAUCACUGAGGAUGGCAAAGUGAAUGAGGAGGUGAUUGUUCCAAAACGGCCAAAGGGAAUUGCUAGCGCCACUGUGGUCCCGUGGAAAAAGAGGAUCUAUGUGUUGGGUGGGGAAAAUUUAACUCAAUGUUAUAAAACAAUUUAUUAUUGGGAACCUGGUGAGCCCAGGUGGAGCAAAUGCCCAGAAGAUAUCCCUGUCUCUUAUGAAGGUGCCAGUGGCUUUGGUUGUACAACGCUGAAGAGACCCAAAAAAGAGAUUCUUUCUCUUUUUGAAAAGACAUCAGUAGCCCUAAUAGCGGUUGCUGGGAAAUAGCUGCCUCUUAAUGUUUCUUUUUAGUUGGGUUUGAAUAAAGGUAAAUA